AUGAAUCCGAUUCAAGCUUACCCUGCUGAGGGCGUGGUCGUUCAAGAUGCUCAUCACGGCCACUACGCGCCCGAGGCAGCUCAUGACAAAACCGGUGCUGGCACAUAUGUGACAUCUGAGAAUGAGUCGCAUAACGGUGCGGCCGGGAAUGAGGUUCUAGAACGCGAUGCGCAGACCAAGGGACGGUGGUUCCAAUACCUCAAGACGAAACAAUUCUGGAUCACAUUGGUCCUUGGGCAGGUCCUCGCUCUCUGCAUCACCGGUACAAAUACAUUAUCGUCUCUGCUCGCGGAAGAGGGUACAUCGAUACCCGCCUUCCAGUCCUUCUUCAACUACGUCCUCCUCAACAUAAUCUACACAUCGUAUACCCUCUACAAGUACGGCUUCAAGAAAUGGGGGCGAGUCGUCAUAAAAGACGGCUGGCGGUUCUUUAUCCUCGCCUUCAUGGAUGUCGAGGGCAACUAUUUCAUCGUUCUGGCGUAUCGUUACACCACCAUCCUCAGCGCCCAAUUGAUCAACUUCUGGGCCAUCGCCGUUGUCGUAAUAAUUUCCUUCUUCUUCCUCAAGGUCCGCUACCACUACACGCAAAUUUUCGGCAUCCUUCUGUGCAUCGGCGGUCUAGGCGUAAUCUUCGGCUCUGAUCACAUCACCGGUACCAACAACUUUGGCGCUACGGACCAAGUCAAGGGCGAUCUUUUUGCGCUUCUAGGCGCCACAUUCUACGGUCUGUCCAACGUAUUUGAAGAGUGGCUGGUUUCCGAACGGCCGCUGUAUGAGGUUGUUGGCCAACUUGCUUUCUGGGGCAUGUUCAUCAACGGUACGCAAGCGGGUAUCUUCGACCGCGCCGCCUUCCGCAGUGCGACUUGGAACGCCAAGGUUGGAGGCUACCUCACCGGAUACACACUCAUCCUUUCCCUCUUCUACUCCCUUGCACCGGUCCUGUUCCGUCUCAGCUCCGCUGCAUUUUUCAACAUCUCCCUUCUCACAGGAAGCUUCUGGGGUGUGGCGAUUGGCGUCAAGGUCUUCGGAUUGAACAUUCACUGGAUGUACCCCAUCGCCUUUGUCCUCAUUAUUAUUGGACAGGUGAUCUACUUUUUGCGACAGAGUAUGGUUGGUGAGGCGCUGAAGCCAUGGUUGGGCAAGGAUCAGGAAAGAGGCCAUGCAGGUGUGGGUACGGCGAAGAAGAGGGUCGAGAGGCCUGAGGCUAUUGUCUAG